CAAUGUGUCCUUUUUAUUUAUAUAUUCACACAUUAAAGGCUGUUUUCAGGUUUGAAACAACAAGAUGAAGAUGAAGUUAGAAAGAAACCGAGGUGGAAGAAGUACCUGAGGGGUGGAGGCUGACGGACCGAUGUCUUUUCUGUGUUGAGGAUGAAGGAGAGAGGGAAUUAGUGGCUCUUCUUCACUCGGUGUGUUUGCACUCAGAGAGCGACUUGAUCAUCACAACCCAUCAAACCUCAGCGGGGACAUCUUUCAUGGGAUCAAAGCGCCUUUUCAAAAUGACCCGUGGAGUGAAUCUGCUGCACAAGGCUUGAAUCCACUUAGAAACCCCAUGGAGCAGGAUGUGGAGAGCCCGACCAUCAUCAAACCCAAGUUGCCGAAGCAGGCCCGCGAGGACUUGCCGAAACAGCUAUCAGAAAAGGAACAGAACAAGAGGAUCCAGCGGUACGUCCGGAAGGACGGAAAGUGCAACGUCCAUCACGGGAAUGUCCGGGAGACGUACCGCUAUCUGACGGACCUUUUCACCACGCUGGUAGAUCUCAAAUGGAUGCUCAACCUGUUCAUAUUCGUGUUGGUGUACACCGUGACGUGGCUCUUCUUCGGCUUCAUGUGGUGGCUUAUUGCGUACGUUCGGGGCGAUCUGGAGCAUUUAUCAGACAACCAGUGGACCCCGUGUGUCAUUAACCUGAAUGGGUUUGUAUCAGCCUUUCUGUUCUCCAUCGAGACGGAGACCACCAUCGGUUAUGGGUACAGAGUCAUCACGGACAAAUGCCCCGAGGGGAUCCUCCUGCUUUUAAUUCAGUCGGUGCUGGGAUCCAUCGUAAACGCCUUCAUGGUGGGUUGCAUGUUUGUUAAGAUCUCCCAGCCCAAGAAGCGAGCUGAGACAUUAGUGUUUUCCACCAACGCGGUCAUCUCGAUGAGAGACAGACGGCUGUGCCUGAUGUUCAGAGUCGGAGACCUUCGAAAUUCGCACAUCGUGGAGGCUUCGAUCAGAGCCAAGCUCAUCAAGUCAAAGCAGACCAAGGAAGGGGAGUUCAUCCCUUUGAACCAAACGGACAUAAAUGUGGGUUACAACACGGGAGAUGACCGGCUCUUCCUGGUGUCGCCGCUCAUCAUCUGCCAUGAGAUCAACCAGGGAAGCCCCUUCUGGGAGAUCUCACAAGCCCACCUGGCCAAGAACGAGGUGGAGAUUGUUGUGAUUCUGGAGGGGAUGGUGGAGGCCACAGGCAUGACGUGCCAGGCGAGGAGUUCAUACAUCGGCAGUGAGAUCAAGUGGGGCUACCGCUUCACGCCAGUCCUGACGCUGGAGGACGGCUUCUACGAAGUGGACUACAACAGCUUCCACGAUAUCUACGAAACCAACACACCCAGCUGCAGUGCCAAAGAGCUCGCUGAUAUGACCAACCGCACCUGCCUGCCCAUCACUUGGUCGCUGGCCAGCAAGCUGAACCAGCAGGGGCUGCCGGAGUCGGAGUGGGAGGAGAACAAGAAGAGCAAGCAGACGGAGAGGAACGGGGACGUUGCCAACGUAGAGAGCGAGUCAAAAGUGUGAUGGUGGAAAAGCAACAAGUUUUGAGGCCCAUAUGAGAUUAUUGUGCGUCUCUCCGUUUGGGAUGACCACGAGUUUGCAGAGCACAGGUGAGAGUUUGAAAACGAGGACCAAUGAGCACAGCAGACCAAGUUUCCCCUGCAUCAAGAACAUCUCUCAGUGAUUUCACAAUUAAACCCCAAAAACAACCAAACAUGUGACCCACCACUGAACUGGAAACCCUCUGCGGGGAAGUGCAUGUUUCAAAUAUAACGUGAUGUCCUCCUGAUGAGAUUCCUGUUAUUUUUUCUAUUAAGAUAUUCCUAGGGGCAUUUGCAAGUAUUUUUGUAUAUACUAUAAAGAUGUUUUGAAUUCUUUGUUUUGUUGCGGUGUGAAUAUUUGACAGAUGUUUGAUACUAAUUCUUUUAGGUUAGUUCUGUAUAUUCUCUGCCUUACUGUAUGUAUAAAGUUUUUAUCAUUUGGGUUUUUUUCAGAAAUAUAUUAGCAUGUAUAAACAUUAUCUGAAGUUAAUUUAUCUUGUAUUGUGUAUACAGUAAUAUUAUUAUAAGGGACACAUACAUAGCAAUGAAUGCAAACUCUAGUUUAAACCAAUGACAAAUAGUUCACAUGGUAAAUGUUUACUUAGUACUACACGAUACUUCUUCUUUAGAAGCCAUGACUUGCUGUUUACAGCUGUGUGACUUCAGACAAUGGCCCUUUAAAAACUGCAUUUCGUCACUUUUGCACAUUGGAGGCCUCUGAUGGAGAAAGUUAAUCGCUGUUUCAGUCUCCAGAAAUCCUUCACCUGUCACCCAACAGUAUCAAAAAUAAAUAAACAAUAAAUUACUGAAG